ACGCUGGAGAGAGACGCGGACCCAGUCACAGUGUGCCGACGAGCGGCACGCUACGCUCCGCGGCCCGCCGCCUGGCAGCACUACGCGAGAGAAUGGGACGCCAUGCAACUGAGGAAAACCUCUGACAGUCCGACGUUGCCGCAGAUCGUAAGUACUGAAGGGCAUAAAGACAUCACCAAAUCCCAAGAGCAUGAAACAGAAGAGGGAGAAGGAUACAAAUUCCUGCGUCCAAUGCCAGGCUAUGGAGGGUUCAUACCGAGACAUGCAGUAGAGCCACGUCACCACCCAGAGCCCAACUACAUCUCUGACUGGAUGUGCAGUACUGCCCGGAGAACAUACAGGAGUUUUCCAGCCUAUGAGUACAAGGUGCUCGAACAUGCA